AUGGAGUUGUUACUUCGAAAUCACGGUCGCGCCGUUGAUGGUACAAACUCAGAUGAAGGCACUUCAAGCUCUUCGGUUGCUUCUAUUACUUCUUCUGUUCGAGACAUUUCCCUUGGUUUUCCAUAUUUUGAUGGUCAUACUCCAGUUUUGGAGUGGAUUUUUAAAGCUGAAAAGUUCUUCAGAUAUCAUCAUACACCAAAUAAGGAUAGAGUAGAAAUUACUACUAUUCAUUUUGAGAAAGACGUCAUUUCGUGGUUUCAAAUGCUGCAACGCAUGGAUUCGAUGCAUUCUUGGUCAGAUCUUACUCGUGCAUUGGAAUCUCAGUUUGGGCCCUCUUCUUUUGAUUGUCCUAUGGCUAACAGAUCUAACGACCUUUCUAAUGAGGCUAUUUUAAAUUGUUUUGUGAGUAGCUUGAAUCAUGAUAUUCGGCGAGAUGUUGUGGCUCAGAGUCCUACAACCUUGAUUAGAGGUGUGUCAUUGGCUAAAUUGUAUGAAGAAAAAUAUGCACCAAAAGUUGCCUCUCGUCCUAACAAUUAUGUUCAUAAAUAUACCCUCGUUCAUGCUACUGCUUCUCCUUCCACUUCAGUGUCUGCUACUGCUAUUCGACAUAACAAUAAGUCUCCCUUGCCUUCCUUAUUACCCACUCCUACUACCCCUCCUCUAAAAAAUGGGGCUAUUAAGAAAAUUUCUCCGGUUGAAUCUGAGACCAUUUUUGAUGUUUCUGCUGGCGAUAGUAAUACUAACUCUGAAAGUGGCAUUGACAGUCCUCCUCAUUUGUCUUUGAAUGCUCUGAAAGGUGGUCCUAGUGUGGGGACUAUUUGGUUUAUUGCCCAUAUUAAUACCUUGCCAGUGACAGCCUUGGUUGAUGAUGGAAGCUUAGAUAAUUUUCUGCAACCCAGGGUAGCUAAUUUUCUGAAAUUACCUAUGGAACCAACACCCUUAUUUAAGGUUAUGGUUGGCAAUGACAAUUACAUGACUGUUGAAGGAAUGAUUCUAGAUCUUAAUAUUCAAGCUCAGGGCAUCAAGUUUCAACUACCUGUCAUUUUAUUACCUAUAUCUGGAGCUGAUCUCAUAUUGGGAGCUAAUUGGUUAAAACCACUAGGAUCUCACAUUGCAGAUUACGACUCAUUGCAACUUAAAUUCUUGCACAAUGGACGAUUUAUAACCCUACAGGGUGAGAAGGAUCAUUCCCCUACUCAGGCUCAAUUACACCAUCUUAAAAUAAUGGUUUUUACUCAUUCUAUUGCUGAAGCUUUCAGCAUGCAACUUUUGGAAUCUCCUGAUCUUCAAUCUUCAUUAGAUGAGUUGACAGCUGAGCUAGCACUUGACUUGGCCUUAUUAUUGCACAAGUAUCUAUCUGUCUUUGAGACACCCUCUUCUCUCCCACCACCUCGAUCACAUGAUCAUGUUAUUCCCCUGAUUGAUGGAUCUAAGCCAGUCAAAGUCAAGCCAUAUAGAUAUUUACACAGUCAGAAGGAUGAGAUUGAAAGACCAGUACAUGGUAUGUUGGAAGACGAACCUAGUAAGAGUCCCUUCCCUUCACCAAUAAUCUUGGUCAAAAAGAAGGAUGGAUCAUGGAGAGUCUGUACUGAUUAUAGGGCAUUAAAUGUUGUUACUGUGAAGGAUACCUUUCCCAUCCCAACAGUUGAUGAAUUAAUUGAUGAGUUAUUUGGAGCCUAG